CGCCGCCGCCGCGCGCCCCGGAAGCGGAAGCGGAAGCGGCGGCGGCGCUGUGAGGCCGGCAGCAAGGUGACCGGAGCGGGCGGCGGCGGGGCCGGGCCGGGGCCGAGCCAUGGGCAUCCACUUCGGGAACUUGGCGCGGGUGCGGCACGUCAUCACCUACAGCCUCUCGCCCUUCGAGCAGCGCGCCUUCCCCAACGUCCUCUCGCACGGGCUGCCCAACGUGUGGCGGCGCUUCAGCUCCCAGGUCUUCAAGGUGGCGCCCCCCUUUGUGGGAGCCUAUCUCCUUUACUCCUGGGGGACACAAGAGUUUGAGAGACUGAAGAGGAAGAAUCCUGCUGACUAUGAAAACGACCAGUAAACGAGUUAUUAUGGAUAUGUUGCCUCACUGUAUUAUCAAUUUCUUGUUACAAAGUGCGUUCACAUGACUUAAAAAAAGCUAUUAACAGGGAGAUAAGUCUUGUCUAAUAAACUCUGUCCUCCAA